GGCAGGGUCCUGGUCCCGUCCCGGUCCCGGUGCCGGUCAUGGCCGCCCCCAGCAUGGCUCUGCGGCGGGUGCUGGGGCUGGGGGCGGUCCUGGGCCGCCGGAGCUGCUGCUCCAAGCGCCCGCUGCCCCCCGACUUGGUGGAGGCCCUGAGGGCCGUGGUCGGGGGCUCCAACGUCUCCACGGCCACGGCGGUGCGGGAGCAGCACGGCCACGACGAGUCCAUGCACGUCUGUGCCCCCCCGGACGCCGUGGUGUGGCCCCAGACGGUGGGGCAGGUGCAGGAGCUGGCCGAACUCUGCCACCGCCACCGCCUGCCCAUGGUGCCCUUCGGAACCGGCACCGGCCUCGAGGGAGGGGUCAACGCCGUGCAGGGCGGUGUCUGCUUCGACCUGAGCCGCAUGGACAGCAUCUCGGAGCUGAGCCUUGAGGACUUCUCGGUGAUGGUGGAACCCGGCGUCACCCGCAAGGCCCUCAACAGCCACCUGCGUGGCACUGGGCUCUGGUUCCCCGUCGACCCCGGGGCGGACGCCUCGCUGUGCGGCAUGGCGGCCACGGGCGCCUCGGGGACCAACGCGGUGCGGUACGGCACCAUGAGGCCCAACGUGCUCAACCUGCGCGUGGUGCUGCCGGACGGGCGCCUGCUCCACACCGCCGGCCCCGGGCGCCAGCCCAGGUGGGCUCCAGGAGCGCCGGGGCGGGACGGGAUGGGACCUUGCCCACCCGGGUACCCCACUCACCCGCCCCGGCGCAGGAAGCGGGCGGCUGGUUACGACUUGACCUCGCUCUUUGUGGGCUCGGAGGGCACGCUGGGCUUCCUGACACAGGCCACGCUGCGCCUGCACCCCCUGCCCGAGGCCGCCGCCGCCGCCGUUGCCGCCUUCCCCAGCGUGCGGGCGGCCGUGGCCUGCACCGUCCAGGUCCUGCAGGCUGCCGUGCCCGUGGCUCGCAUCGAGUUCCUGGAUGAGGUGAUGGCGAGUGCCUGUGGCCGUUUCAGCGGUGUGGAGCUGCCGGCAGCUCCCACGCUUCUCCUGGAGCUCCACGGCUCCCGGCACGGCCUGGCAGAGCAGCAGGGUCAGACGGAGGAGAUCGUGCAGCUGAACGGCGGCGGCGGCUCCGGCUUGGCGUGGGCGGAGGGUCCGGAGGAGCGGGAACGGCUCUGGGCCAUGAGGCACCGCGCCUGGUACGCGGCGCUGGCCCUGCGGCCCGGCUGCCAGGGCUACUCCACCGAUGUCUGCGUCCCCAUCUCCCGCCUGCCCGACGUGGUGGUGGAGACCAAGCGGGACCUGCAGGACUCCGGCCUCACCGGCCCUAUGGUGGGACACGUGGGUGAUGGCAACUUCCACUGCCUGCUCAUCUUCAACGCCCAGGACCCGGCCGAGGCUGAGCGCGUCCACGCCUUCACCCAGCGCCUGGGCAGGCGGGCGCUGGCGGCGGGGGGCACCUGCACCGGGGAGCACGGCGUGGGGCUGGGCAAGCGGGCGCUGCUGCGAGAGGAGCUUGGCCAGGAGGGGCUGGACACCCUGCGCUCCAUCAAGGCUGCGCUGGACCCCCACAACCUCAUGAACCCCGGCAAGGUGCUCUGAGGGGCCCUUCCACCCACCCCUGCUGCUCCUCCAGCUCCCCCCCCCAUUCCCAUCCCUGUGGCUACAUCCAAACCCCCCCCCCCCAAUAAACCCCUUGGCACCCACA